AUUGUUGUCGGAGCCGUUUAUCUUCUUAUGCAAAUCUGCAAAAAGGCUGAAAAACAGAGGGAAGGGAAGGAAAGUAGGAUACUUUGAAUCUAAUCCAACCGGACCUUCGAUCGGCGAUGCAUAUGGCGGUCACUACCUGUUAUAUGAACCCAAUUACGCCGGGGACGAAGCCUGAGUUACGUAUCGCCGUGUCUGGAACCGCCGUGCGUGCGGAGUCGCAGCGGUUGAGGUUGAUGUCUAGUUCUAGUCUGAGGGUAAGGGCCUUUUCGACAUCGUCGUCGUCCUCCUCUUCAGCCGUCGUGAGUGAGGUGACUAUAGAGAAGAACCCAAACACAAAGUCUUCGAUCUGUACCGCGGACGAGCUUCACUACGUAUCUGUUGCCAACGGCGAUUGGAGGCUUGCUCUCUGGCGCUACAACCCUCCUCCCAAGGCCCCUCUGAGGAAUCAUCCGUUGUUGCUUUUGUCCGGGGUGGGAACGAAUGCCAUUGGAUUUGACCUCUCUCCUGGGUCUUCGUUUGCACGUUACAUGUCAAGUCAAGGAUAUGAUACAUGGAUUCUUGAAGUUCGAGGUUCUGGAUUGAGCACAAGGGUUGAAGACUCCAAAGCAGUUGAUCCUUCUUCCAGUAAUAGUGCAAUAACUGAGCUGACAGAAUGUUCUGCCAGGGGCCUGAUAAAUGGUGCUUUAUCUACAGAGCAGAAGUCAAUUGUUAGUACCAGUGCUUUGCCGGAUUCUGAAGCCUCAGCUGUCAAGGAUAACAGGACAGAUGUGUUGACACCUUGGGAUGAAUCACAAUUGGUCACAAAGUUGACAGAAACAUUUAUCCGUUUGUCAGAACAACUCUCUGGCUUUCUCAGUGAAGGUCAAUCAAGGAUUAUGUCUGCUAGAUUAUUUGAUCAAAUAUCAAAACUCUUAGAAGAUGCUCAAUUAUCUGAGCGCUUUAAUGACAUCAGGGAAAAACUUUCAGGUUUGUUAGAAGCAAGGCAGAAGUCUGCUAUUGCUGGCCAAAUCAGGGAUUUGAGUCAAAGGCUUGUAAAUAUUAUUGAAGGACAACGAUCUAUUUCACCACAGUUGUUUGAUUUGCAAGAGCGUUUGACUACAACCAUUGAGGAUUUCCAGAAACAACUUGAUUUGAUUGUGAAGUAUGAUUGGGACUUUGAUAACUAUCUGGAAGAGGAUGUUCCUGCCGCGAUGGAAUACAUAAGGAGUCAAAACAAGCCAAAGGAUGGUAAAUUGCUUGCAAUUGGACACUCUAUGGGGGGAAUCUUGCUGUAUGCAAUGCUGUCACGAUGUGGUUUUGAAGGUAGAGACUCUGGAUUGGCAGCAGUUGCUACGUUGGCAUCAUCACUGGACUAUACUUCUUCAAAUUCAUCACUUAAAUUUCUGUUACCCCUUGCGGAUCCUCUACAAGCUCUUAAUGUUCCUGUUCUUCCCUUGAGGGCAUUACUGGCAGCUGUUUACCCUCUUUCAAGCCGCCCUCCUUAUGUCUUGUCUUGGCUUAAUCCUCAGAUUUCAGCGCAGGACAUGAUGCAUCCUGAGCUAUUUGAAAAGCUUGUCUUGACCAACUUUUGUACAAUACCUUAUAAGCUUGUAUUGCAAUUAACAACAGCCUUCCGAGAAGGUGGAUUAUGUGACAGGAGUGGUACUUUUCUCUACAAGGAUCAUCUACAUAAAAACAAUGUCCCUGUAUUGGCUCUUGCUGGAGAUCAAGAUCUGAUAUGCCCACCAGAAGCUGUGUAUGAAACAGCCAAAAUCAUUUCUGGGCACUUGGUUACAUGUAAAAUCUUUGGAGAACCCGGUGGUCCUCACUAUGCACACUAUGAUUUGGUUGGAGGACGCAUGGCUGCAGAUCAAGUCCAUCCUUGUAUAAUUGAGUUUCUCAAUCGCCAUGAUGUGACAUGAAUAUUCCGGAGGAAAUAUCUACGCCAUUCUAGUUACAACUUCUCAUACUCUCCAUAUCUUUGCAAUCCAUUCUUAUUUUUUGGCAUGCGAACCAGUGCUUGAUAUGUACAUUAUGAGGGAAGAUGCCAAAAAUGACUCUUGUGUACUGUGUAUAUGUAUAUAUGAGGAU